AUGCCUGUUCGGUCUAUUUACACCAAAGCAACAAUGAAAGAACUACAGUCAACCUGCUUCUUUCAGAAAACUCGAUUAGUGCCACGCAAGAAAAUAACACUACCUAGAUUGAAACUGUUAGCUGUUGUCAUUGGAGUCCGAUGCGUACACUUUGUUGAACAGAAACUUAAAUUAACUAGCACAGAAAAGAUUCUUUUAACCAAAUACCAGUGUGCACUGCAUUUGAUUAGAAUGAAGAAACCUCUAACAACUUCUGUGAAAAACAAAGUAAAAGGAAUCAGAAACAAUAAAAAUAUCAAUUUUCAAUAUGUAUCUACAAAAGAUAAUACAGCUGAUAUUGCAAUCAGAGGGACAACAGUUACAACUCUUCAAGAAUUUGAACAAUGGUGGAAUGGUCCAGAAUGGUUAAAUAAAAGAAGAGAUGACUGGCCUUCAUGGACAGAACUUUCUAUUCCUAGAUGUUUCCUUCAUAGGAUAUAA